AGUUCUGGCUGGUCGAAGCGGGAACUGUGCCCGUGUGUGGCUGCCGGCAGAUGACAUGGAGAUCACCGUGGUCACGGCUUCCAAUGUCCCACCCAAGCCAAUCAUUGCUGUACAUGCUGGUGGCGUUCGGCGCCAGAUGAAACUCGAGGUAAACCAUCCAUUCGUGCUACCAAAAUCUGGAGCAUUGGUGGAGGUCUCCGUUUUCCAACAGCUGGCAAGCCAGCUGCUGCCAGAGGAUGGCAAGCAAGAGUCCAAGUGUACCAUACCUGUUCGAACACCGGACGGGACUGCAACGCAAGUGCAGCUCGAAAUUAGACGAGAUGCAGCCCUGCAGGACAAGCCAAAAGAUGGCCAGUCAAUUCAGGAUUAUUUAGAGACACACAAAGUUCAGCAACGGAUCCAGCAUCUUAUACAGGAAGUGUUGCGAGAAGCGCCCGAAGAUCCUUACAAGUUCAUGCUUCAGCAGCUUCGAGAGAUCCAGGCAACAACGCCAAAGAGAGGCUCUCGCCCGCAGGAAGUGCUUUUGCCUCAACCUCCGGACAAGCCAAAGCCACCAGGUUCACGGCCUGCCCCAGCUCCAGGCCGCUCCAUCGUGACACCAAAGGUGCAGGUGGACAAGUCCGCCUGGAAAGCCAGCAGGCAUGUUCUCCGCUCAGUUCUGGAGAGUCCGCGAUGUCGGAAAGUCGGUGAAGAGUCAGUUGUCCACGGAGUAUGCCACAAAGCAGCGCAAGGGAUGACAAAGUGCAUCAUGGACUUGGCAUGUCUACAAGUGGUAAACGAGGUAUCUGGAAGGAAUGAAGUCCGAGCAGUGGCUUCAACUGUUGUGAAAGCCACGUUGGCUUCCGCCUCCCGCAUGAUCUACUUGCAGAAAAGUGGCAUCCUGGCAAAGUUGGCGAUUCGCUUAGCCUUGGUUGGCGCUAUCGACCGGUUAGGCUCAGAUGAAUAUCCUGGCUGCGUGGACCAGUACCACCCAGACGACCUGGCAGCUGUGACAGCAGCAUCUUUUUGGGAGGAAUGGUCCUUGAGCCCAGCUGGGUGGUAGUCCCUUCGAAACUUCGUUGCGCAAUGCAGCUGGAGGUUGGCGGGAAUGGAAGCAGGCGAAAAGGACAUUGCGAAUGGCCACUGAAUGUUUGAAAGGGUGACCAGCUGAGCCGACCAAUCAAAGCUCCACUUGAGUACAAGAUGAAGGGUUCACAUUUUCUAAUGUCCUGUUACAAGCCAGGAUACUCUCACUACACCACAGACCAUUGGACGAUUUUGGUGCAGUAGUUGAGGUGUUCCUGAUCUGGCUUCCUCUCUUCCUCAAAGAGGAGGAUAGCUCAACUGAGUUGUUUUACGAUGUAGCCAAUCGAGCUCGUCGUCUGUAGAAUAGCCGCCAAAGCAACGGAGCAAUUGAGCGAUUCCACGGGC